AUGUCUGUGCAGUACGCUCGCUAUCGGCCUACAACGCCGCCGCGUCUUCCUCUUGAGGGGUUCACCGGCUCGGGUCAUAGUCGCCAUGAGUCCAACUCGUCUGUCUACUCAAGCGAGUCAUCGCCUUGGUCGACUAUCACCGGCAACACUAGUCCUACCACCUCGCCAACCAGGCAUCAUCAUGGUCCGGCCCUCUUGCCAAAGAUCAGACCUCAGGAUGUUGUCAUCGAGCCAGUGUCUGCUGGCGGACCUCUUCGUUCCCGCCGGGUUCUGUCUAAUACACGGAACCCUCCUGGCUUUGUCCCUUAUACAACUACUCGGUCUAACCGUCAUACUCGGGAUGUUGUCGACCGCUUGACGUUGGCGUCCCCUAUCUCACCGGCCCCAAUGGCCCAUGGCACCAGCUCUACCUUGUCAUCGCCUGUGGCUAUCACCCCAUCUCACAAGCGCAAAGCCGUCGGUGGCCACUCACGCUCCGUGUCAGCAUCUGGUGUCGACACUGCCACUUUGACUCGAUUUGGAUAUCCAACCUACCGUGAGCUUCCUAAAUAUGUGCCUCAGAUGCAUGCUCAAACCACUCCCACCACACCGGUCACUCCAAUCACUCCAACUAUCGUGGUCUAUCCGUCAUACUCCCAGAGACCAACGGCCCAGCAAACCCCAACAUGUACACACCCAUUGACAGUGCCAACCCCCCAAUACAAAUACCAUCCGGCCUCCGCACAGCCAUCACCAGCCCUGCUGAGUCCCCAAGAACCACCAACACCACGCUCAACAACUCUCCUCUCCUACCUAACAAUGCCAAUCCCACCAAUCAACCUAGUCCGCAACGUGAGCGUAGUCCCAACUCGCGGUAUGCACGACUACUUCUGGUGGGACAUCCGCAACCUACGAAACUGGACCUCCUUCUCGCUAGCAACCUUCGACCUAGUAGACAGCCGACUAAUCCAGCUCCUGAGAACCGAAAUCCCAGGCGAGCUCACUCCACCGGUGGCAGUAUCCUUCGCCCACCUAGCCCCAGAAUCCGAACCCGCCCUAGUGAACCUGAUCACAAACCUCUACGCGCCCCGAGUCAACGCCGCCCUAGCCGUCUCCCAAGGGCCCGACCAUCUCCAGCUCUACGCAGCCCCAGACGUCCGCAGCGCAGGCCACAAAAACCACGGCCAUCCGCACUUCCUAGCAAACUACGCCUCAGACACGGAGCAGACAAGCGCCGGUCUCCCUCGCGGCCGGUUAGUCGGCAUAGUCAAGAGCUUCGACCGCUGGAAUACAGGCAUGCGCAAUGAAGCACCGCACCGCCGCGUCGAAUACCUCAACGGCCUCGCCCACCUGCAACGCUGCAUGCGCGAACACUCCUGUCGGUACGGAUUCAUAAUCACAGAAAUCGAACUAGUCUGCGUUCGAGCUGGCUGCGACGAUGGCGAUGACGUUCCUUAUUUCGGAUACUUCGAGAUUGCUGCUACUAUCCCACUUAAGACGGCUGCUUUUAGCUCGCGCCCUCAUGCACAUGCACAUGCACAUACGCUCUCCCGUGACGGGCCGGCACUGGCAACGCCCAUCAGCGCGCACUCGUUCUCUUCCUCGUCUCCUUCCUCCUCUUCACCAUCAUCAUCCCACUCCCCCUUCCCAGACGAAACCUCCGAAGAAGCCCAGGCCCUCUCAACACCAAUGACAGCAAGUCUAGCAUUAUAUUUCCUACUCAUGCUCUCGAAAUCCCAACCAUUACCGCACCAGCCAUCCGCCCACCUCAACGUCGGCGGGCCGGGUGCAAUGACGCGGCAGCGGGUCUUGCCAGAGGGGAAGGAUGAUUGGAUCCCGCCGCCGCAGAUUGGGGAGCGGAGGGAUGCUAAGAGGGGCUAG